GCCCCGGAUGUAGGUCGGGACCGGCGGCUCCGGGAGAGAGGGAGGAGGCGGUCGCGCCCAGCCCGGCCCGGCCCCAGCGCGGAGCCGGACGGACGCCGCCGGGGGACCCCGCCCCCCACCCGGUCCAGGAUGCAGACGAUCAAGUGCGUGGUGGUGGGCGACGGGGCGGUGGGCAAGACGUGCCUGCUGAUCAGCUACACGACCAACGCGUUCCCCGAGGAGUACAUCCCCACGGUGUUCGACAACUACAGCGCGCAGCUGUCGGUGGACGGCCGGCCGGUCAGCCUCAACCUGUGGGACACGGCCGGCCAGGAGGAGUACGACCGCCUGCGGACCCUCUCCUACCCGCAGACCAACGUCUUCGUCAUCUGCUUCUCCAUCGCCAGCCCCUCCUCCUACGCCAACGUGCGGCACAAGUGGCACCCGGAGGUGGCCCACCACUGCCCCGACGUGCCCGUCCUGCUGGUGGGCACCAAGAGCGACCUGCGCCGGGACUCGGAGACGGUCAGGCGGCUCAAGGAGCAGAGCCUGGCGCCCACCACGCCCCAGCAGGGCGCCGCCCUGGCCAAGCAGGUGGGCGCCGUCCGCUACCUGGAGUGCUCGGCCCUGGCCCAGGACGGCGUGAGGGAGGUGUUCGCCGAGGCCGUCCGGGCCGUGCUCGACCCGCCGGCCAAGAGGAGCGCCAAGAAGUGCGUCCUCUUGUAGCCCCCCGCCCGGGCGGCUCCCCGGGACCGGUCGCCGCGGGGGCGGCCGUCGACCCCCGCCCCCUCUUUCGCCUCUGUGCCUUCGGCCCACGGGGGGCCCGGCCGGACCGACCCUCCCCGCCCCACCGC